GUGGGGUUGAGUAGGAACCCGUGUCGCAUGUGGUAUGCACGAGCUUGAAAUGGUUUUACAUUAGUAAACAAGAUUUAGUUUACCAAAAUGUUAUUUAAUAAAGACGCACCAUGGCGGCGACUGGAGGGCAUGUCUUUUGGCAUGUACUCUGCCGAAGAGAUAAGAAAGCUGAGUGUGAAGGUGAUCACCAACUCCAGAUUUCUUGAUGCUGUUGGUAAUGUGGCCCCAAACAGCUUAUAUGACUUGGCCCUGGGACCAGCAGACAACAAAGAGGCAUGUUCAACCUGCUGUCAGGACUUCAACAACUGUCCAGGACAUCUGGGACAUGUGGAGCUCCCUCUGCCCGUGUACAACCCCCUGUUCUUUGAUAAACUCUACCUGCUGAUUCGGGGAUCGUGCCUGGCGUGCCACACAUUAACAUGUCCACGAGCUGCCCUCCAUUUGCUGUUACACCAGCUGAAGUUGGUAGACAGUGGGGCCAUGCGGGAAGUUUACCACAUCGAGCAAGUUCUCAGUCAGUUCCUGGAGGAGAAUAACAAAGCCACGGGUGAUGACAUUGCAAAGAUACUCAAAGAGUUCACAGAUGCGGUACAGUUAACUGACGGAAGUAAUAGCAGACCGAUUAAACAUCUUGUUGAGAAGAAAAGCAGUUUGAUAAAUGAUUUCUGGAAAAACCACAUGAAACCUCGGAAAUGUCCCAACUGUGGAAAAGGGCGGGUCGCUGUACGACGUGAGCACAACAGUAAGCUGAUUGUCACAAUGCCGUCAGGAGGAACCACCGAACAGGUGGGAGAAGACUUGAUGGCUGGAAAAAGAGUCUACCUGACUGCCAGCACUGCCAGAGAACACACUACCAAACUGUGGGAGAAUGAAGGCUUCUUUCUGAAGUGUCUGUUCUCCGGGUUGGAUGACAUGUCGGGAUCAACUGAAAAAGAAAAUGGUUUCUCUCCUGACCUCUUCUUCCUGGAACUGCUAGUGGUCCCACCUUGCAGGUAUCGUCCAGUCAAUCGACUGGGUGACCAGAUGUUUACCAAUGGUCAGACAGUAAACAUGCAAGCUGUUAUGAAGGACUCUGCAGUCAUCAGGAAACUGCUUUCUCUCAUGGCUGCUGAGAAUGGUACAAAGACGAAUGAGGAGGUGGACACGAAGGCGGAAGAGAUGGACCAAACCUUCCUCUCGGGGAUUCCGGGACUGACAUUAACCGAUAAACUCUAUAACAUCUGGAUACGCCUUCAAACCCACGUCAACAUUGUCUUUGACAGCGACAUGGACAGACUGAUGACAGAAAAGUACCCUGGGAUCAGACAAAUCCUGGAGAAGAAGGACGGAUUGUUCCGGAAACAUAUGAUGGGCAAAAGAGUGGAUUACGCUGCCAGAUCCGUUAUCUGUCCCGACAUGUACAUAGGAACCAAUGAGAUCGGAAUUCCAAUGGUGUUUGCCACAAAGCUGACCUACCCGCAGCCCGUCACUCCAUGGAACGUGAAGGAGCUUCGUCAGGCCGUGCUGAAUGGGCCAAACGUCCACCCCGGCGCUACCAUGGUGAUAAGCGAGGACGGCAGGAGAACAAUCUUGUCUCCAGCCAACUUAGCACAGAGAGAAGCGGUUGCUAAGCAGCUGCUGACGCCCUGUCCGGGUCCACACAAGAUGCCAAUGAAAAUUGUGAAUCGUCAUAUUAAGAACGGAGACGUUUUGUUGUUGAACAGACAGCCCACUCUGCACAGACCGUCAAUACAGGCUCACUGUGCACGCAUCUUGCCCGGAGAGAAGGUCCUCAGACUACACUACGCCAACUGCAAAGCAUACAAUGCAGACUUCGAUGGCGACGAAAUGAACGCUCAUUUCCCCCAGAGCGAACUUGGCCGAGCGGAGGCCUACACUUUAGUCAGCACAAACAAACAGUACCUUGUACCCAAGGAUGGAAAGCCCUUAGCAGGUCUGAUCCAGGACCACAUGGUGUCGGGUACCAGGAUGACCAUUCGAGGCUGUUUCUUCACGAGAGACCAGUACACAGAGCUGGUGUACAGAGGACUGACUGACAAAGCGGGCAGAGUUAAACUUCUGCCACCCGCUAUACUCAAACCACAAAAGCUCUGGACGGGAAAGCAGGUGGUGUCCACCCUCCUCAUCAAUGUUAUCCCAAAAAAGGCUGUGCCUUUAAACCUGCUUGGGAAAUCCAAAAUCCCAGCCAAAGCAUGGAUCCAAGUUCCCCCACGAGCGUCUCCAGGCUAUCGACCUGACACCAUGUGUGACUCGCAGGUGGUGAUUCGCCAAGGGGAGCUGUUGGUGGGGGUCCUGGACAAAGCUCACUACGGCUCCUCUGCGUACGGUCUGGUCCACUGUUGCUACGAGCUUUAUGGAGGGGAGACGAGUGGUCAACUUCUCAGCUGUCUGGCCCGACUCUUCACUGCUUAUCUUCAGUUGUACAGAGGAUUCACGCUAGGUGUGGAAGACAUCCUGGUGAGACCGGGUGCCAACAAAAAGAGACGACGCAUUAUUCAAGAGUCUCUGAAGCUUGGCACAAAAGCCCUCCAGUCUGCAUUCAACCUCCCCCCAACCGUGGAUGAAGCCGAAGCUAGGGGCCGCUGGCAGGAUGCUCACCUCAACCCGGACCAGCGAGACUUCAGCAUGGCCGACCACAAAUUCAAAGAAGUCGCCAACCAAGUGAACAAUGAAAUUAACAAGGUUUGUAUGCCCGUUGGCCUUCACACUUCUUUCCCGGACAACAACCUCCAGCUGAUGGUCCAAUCAGGUGCUAAGGGAUCUACUGUCAACACCAUGCAGAUAUCCUGCCUGCUAGGUCAGAUUGAGUUAGAGGGCCGCAGACCUCCACUGAUGCCCUCUGGGAAGUCGUUGCCCUGUUUCCAGCCCUAUGACCCAGCACCUGGUGCUGGGGGAUUUGUUUCCGGAAGGUUCCUCACUGGCAUCAAACCACAGGAAUUUUUCUUCCACUGCAUGGCCGGCAGAGAAGGACUAGUGGAUACUGCUGUAAAAACUUCACGAUCGGGAUACCUGCAGAGGUGUGUUAUAAAGCAUCUGGAGGGUUUGGUGGUACAGUAUGAUCUGACAGUGAGAGACAGCGAUGGCUCCGUAGUCCAAUUCCUGUAUGGUGAAGAUGGCUUGGAUAUCUCCAAGACGCAGUUUCUACAGCCAAAGCAGUUUCCUUUCAUCGAGGACAACUUUGAGGUAAUAAGGAGGUCCCAGGGCUUGGAUGAAGUUUUAUCACGCUUGGACUCCCGAAGUGCCAGUCAACAUUUUGCAGCCAUCCAACGCUGGAAAGCAAAGCGAGAAUUAGCUUGUCCCCGCCGAGGAGCGUUCCUGUUGUUUUCCCAAAAGAAAUUGGCCAAACUGAAGCAUAUGGAACAAGCAUCAGUAGAUGUAUCUGGCAGAGAUGCGGCCGUUCUACAGCUGAUUGAUCAGUGGCGUUCUCUUGAUGACGCCGGACGAUCCAAAUACACCAGAAAGUCCUCCCCCUGUCCAGAGCCCAGCCUUGGCCUGUUUAGGCCUGAUAUCAGCUUCGGAUCUGUCUCUGAGAGCUUUCAUGAUGUCACGGAGAAAUACUUGGAGAAUCGAGAGAGGACGAGCAAUGGAGAACUGGAUAACCACAGAUUCAAACAGCUGUUGCAGUACAAGUGGCAGAGGUCACUGUGUGAUCCCGGGGAGGCAGUGGGUCUCCUCGCAGCUCAGUCCAUCGGUGAGCCCUCCACCCAAAUGACCCUCAACACCUUCCACUUUGCCGGCAGGGGGGAGAUGAACGUCACCUUGGGAAUACCUCGACUGAGAGAGAUCCUGAUGGUGGCCAGCUCCAACAUCAAGACUCCCAUGAUGAGCGUUCCAGUGCUGAACAAUAAAAAGGCUUUGAAACGAGCCCAAAAACUUCGCAGGAAACUUACCAGGGUGUGCUUGGCUGAGGUGCUUCAGAAAGUGGAUGUCGUGGAGAUGCUGCGCAUCGAGGGCAGCCAUCACUCGAAGACGCGGACUUUUAAAAUCACUUUCACCUUCCUUCAUCCUGACCGUUACACUGAAGAUAAGCUGCUCUCACCCCAACAGAUCCUCCACUACAUGGAAACUAGAUUUUUCCGACUCCUCCUUGAUGCCAUCAAGAAACGUAGUGCCAAGUUGGCGUCCAUUGCUGUGGACACGAGGAAGGCCUCCCCCAGGGACCAAGACAUUGAUGGUGACGGACCGACCGAUGCAGCAGGGGAGGAUGAUGGGGAGGAAGAGCAUGCAAAAGAGAUUGUUGAUGACCCUGGCAAUGAAGGAGAUGCUGAUGCGUCGGAUGCCAAAAGAAAGGACAAACAAGAAGAGGAAGUUGAUUAUGAAAGUGAUGAAGAAAAUGGCGAGGAAGGCGAGGAGAAAGAGGAUCAGGGGGAGGAAGAGGAAGAGUUGCAGGAGAUGAUGGAGACCGGCGUUGAGGAUACCCAGACAGAAUCUACCGAUGUGCGGUUGCAGACCAAAAGGAAGCAAACCAGCGUGAAAGGAAACGUGUCCAUGGAUUCCAUGAGGGUGAACUUUGUUCUGAGUUCCAACUCGGCAAUAGAAGGCUACCGCUACGACCCCAAACAUGAACUCUGGUGUGAAGUGGAUCUGGCUUUACCUUUGAACAAAGUCCACUUUGACCUGACAUCAGUGCUGUCGACGCUGGCCCAAAACGCCAUCAUCGUGGAAACCAAGGGCCUAACUCGCUGCCUGCUGAGUGAAAGCACCACAAAGACGGGAGCAAAAGAGAUGCUUCUCAACACCGAAGGCAUCAACAUGCACGAGAUGUUCAAGCACAGUGACAUCUUGGACAUCAACAGGCUGUAUUCCAACGAGGUCCACGCCAUGGCUAACACCUAUGGGAUCGAGGUGGCGCUCAAAGUCAUCGAGAAGGAGAUUAAAGACGUUUUUGCCGUCUAUGGGAUCGAGGUGGACCCCAGACAUCUGUCGCUGGUAGCAGACUACAUGUGCUUUGAGGGGGUGUAUAAGCCGUUGAACCGCCACGCCAUCAGGUCCAACUCCUCCCCUCUGCAGCAGAUGACUUUUGAAACCAGCUACAAAUUCCUGAAACAAGCUACCAUGCUGGGUUCUCGUGAUCAGCUCUCGUCGCCGUCAGCCUGCCUCGUGGUCGGGAAGGUCGUCAGAGGGGGAACAGGACUUUUUGAGCUCAAACAACCUCUGCAGUAGAGGAGACACCGCGUCGUGCAAGUUUUACAUAUAUAUAUGUAUUUGAGUUCAAAAAGAAAAUCAUGAACUAUUAGCACAAUUUAUGAAAACCUCUACAAGAAUCAGGUCGCCAGCCAAUCACAGGGCACAUAUAGUCAAACAACCAUUCACACUCACAUUCAUACCUAUGGACAAUUUGGAGUCGCCAAUUAACCUAGCAUGUUUUUGGAAUGUGGGAGGAAACCGGAGUACCCGGAGAAAACCCACGCAUGCACGGGGAGAACAUGCAAACUCCACACAGAGAUGGCCGAGUGUGGAAUUGAACUGGGGUCUCCUAACAGUGAGACCACUCUCCACCGUGCAGCCAACUAAAGAACAUUAAUUCAUUCAUUUUCUACCGCUUUUUCCUCAAGAGGGCUGUGGGGGUGCUGGAGCCUAUCCCAGCUGUCUUUGGGCGGGAGGCGGGGUACACCCUGGACUGGUGGCCAGCCAAUCACAGGGCACAUAUAGUCAAACAACCAUUCACACUCACAUUCAUACCUAUGGACAAUUUGGAGUCGCUAAUUAACCUAGCAUGUUUUUGGAAUGUGGGAGGAAACCGGAGUACCCGGAGAAAACCCACGUAUGCACGGGGAGAACAUGCAAAGGGUGGAAUUGAACCCGGGUCUCCUAGUUGUGUGUACUGCAUGCUCACCGCUGGACGCCGUGCAGCCUUGUACAAAUAUAUAAAGUAAUAAUGUAAAGUUCAUAUUUAUAUUUGCAGGAGUGCAACAUCACAUAUUUGUGGGUUAAUGUGCAACAUUUAUAGGGAUUUUGGCCAUCAUCCAUAAUGAACAUGCAAACUCCACACAGAGAUGGCAGAGGGUGGAAUUGAACCCUGGUCUCCUAGCUGUGAGGUCUGCGUGCUAACCACUCGUUCACCGUGCCGCUUCUACUAGAAUCAAACCGUUUUUUUUAAUUAAGAUUUUUAAGAUUUACAAUAAUUGUCAUUUCGUAUGAAGACAAACUGGUGUUUUAGGACAGAUAACAAUAUGGCACCCUAAGAAAAAAAAAUCAUGAUACAGCAUUAGUACAAUAUAAGAAGAUAUGAUGAAUGUUGUGUAACAACGAAACUGUACAUUUUUUGCUAUAAAAUUCACCACCCGUCA